CGGCGCCGCAAGGUGAGUAAUAGCCUCCCCGCCGCCAGCCUCCCGUGUCGAGUCUCCGUGGACCCCCGGGCAAACCCCGGCCGCCGCCGAGGCUCAAACCAUGAAUUACGUCGGGCAGCUGGCAGGCCAGGUGUUUGUCACCGUGAAGGAGCUCUACAAGGGGCUGAACCCUGCCACCCUGUCCGGAUGCAUUGACAUCAUCGUGGUCCGCCAGCCCAACGGGAGCCUGCAGUGCUCCCCCUUCCACGUCCGCUUUGGGAAGAUGGGGGUCCUGCGUUCCCGAGAGAAGGUGGUUGACAUAGAAAUCAAUGGGGAAGCAGUGGAUUUGCACAUGAAAUUGGGAGAUAAUGGAGAAGCAUUUUUUGUUCAAGAGACUGAUAACGAUCAGGAGGUGAUCCCCGUGCACCUGGCCACCUCCCCGAUCCUGUCGGAAGGAGCCUCGAGGAUGGAGUCCCAGCUGAAGAGGAACUCCGUAGAUUGGAUCAGAAGCCUGGACCCCAACACGUCAGCCCAGGUCUUACCUCCCAGCGAGACCCCUUCAAGUGGCUCUUUAGUGAAGAAGCGAAGGAAGAGGAGGAGGAAGUCGCAGCUGGACAGCCUGAAAAGGGACGACAACAUGAACACGUCCGAGGAUGAAGACAUGUUCCCCAUAGAGAUGAGCUCGGACGAGGAGGCCGAGCUGCUGGACAGCAGUAGAACUCUUUCUAAUGAUACACCUGCAUUCCAAGGAGAUAUCCCUAAGGAAAACCUUUCCCCAGUCAUGACUUACCCUCAGUCAGCAUCUUACCCGAAUUCCGACAGAGAGUGGUCACCUAGCGCCAGUAGCCUGAUAGAUUGCAGGGGGCGCCCGCCUCGCCUGGCAGUUGCGGCCGAGGGCGGUCUUUCUAGCUCUUGCCCUCCCCAGUCUUCCCACUUCCACGCUUCGGAAAGUCCUUCAGUUUCCCGACCUUCAACACCUAAAAGUGAUUCGGAAUUGGUCAGCAAGUCUGUGGACAGGGCAAUGCAGAAGAAUAAUCUAGAAAUGCUCUGGCUUUGGGGAGAAUUGCCCCAAGCCGCAAAGUCAUCUGCACACAAGGUGAAAGAGUCCAGCCCGUUGAACAGCAGAACAAUCUGUGAUGAGAAGCACUUUCAGGCCAUCCACAGUGAACCUUCAGACGUGUUUAAUGACCAGUCACCGACACUGGCUGGGGGGUCCCCCGUGCAGCCGCUGUUGGGGCAGAACAAGCCGCAGACGGAGGUGCAGUUCGCGAACGAAGAUGUCGAGGCCUUAGGAGCCGCAGCGCACCCUUUGCCUACGAUCGAAGAGUCCAGAGCCCUCUCCGCCAGCGCUGCCCCGGCGGCCAGCAAGACGGAUUCGCCUUCUAGGAAAAAGGACAAACGAAGCAGACACCUUGGUGCCGACGGCGUCUACUUGGAUGACCUCACAGACAUGGAUCCUGAAGUCGCGGCCCUGUAUUUUCCCAAAAACGGAGACCCUUCUGGGCUCACAAAACACACCAACGACAACGGAGCCCGCUCAGCCAACCAGUCCCCACAGUCCGUGGGUAGCUCUGGCGUUGACAGUGGCGUGGAGAGCACCUCGGACAGCCUGAGGGACCUGCCGUCCAUCGCCAUCUCCCUGUGCGGCGGCCUCAGCGACAACAGGGAGAUCACCAAAGAUGCGUUUUUGGAACAAGCCGUGUCGUAUCAGCAGUUUGUGGACAACCCCGCCCUCGUUGACGAGCCCAAUCUUGUGGUGAAGGUCGGGAAUAAAUACUAUAACUGGACGACGGCGGCACCUCUGCUCCUGGCGAUGCAGGCCUUCCAGAAACCUUUGCCAAAGGCCACGGUGGAAUCUAUCAUGAGGGAUAAGAUGCCCAGAAAGGGAGGAAGAUGGUGGUUUUCAUGGAGGGGAAGAAACAGCACAAUCAAAGAGGAAAGUAAGCCAGAGCAGUGCCUGGCAGGAAAGAGCCACAGAACUGGGGAGCAGCCGUCACAGCUGGGCACGGCCACCAGAAUAAAGCAUGAGUCAUCCUCCAGUGAUGAGGAGCCCGCGGCCGCCAAGCUGUCCAGCACCAGCCACCUCCCCCUGCUGUCCAGUGUUAGCUACAAGAAGACCCUGCGCCUCACGUCAGAGCAGCUGAAAAGCCUGAAGUUGAAGAACGGACCCAACGACGUGGUCUUCAGCGUCACCACGCAGUACCAGGGCACGUGCCGCUGCGAAGGCACCAUCUACCUGUGGAACUGGGACGAUAAGGUUAUCAUCUCUGACAUCGAUGGAACCAUCACUAGAUCAGAUACUCUUGGCCACAUUUUGCCCACCCUUGGGAAGGAUUGGACCCACCAGGGCAUCGCCAAGCUGUACCAUAAAGUGAGCCAGUAAGUACACAGCCGAAGUACUCGCGGCGAUCCGCACACAGAACCUUUGCUGACGGGCUGGCUUACAAAGACGGGUGCCCCUUGGCCAGGGAGGGUCCUGAGCGCGUGCUGAAUCCCACCAACUCCAGAUUUGAAUUCAGUACCAAAAGGCAAGAAAGGGAGUGGCCGGGGAAUUGCAAAUUGACAG